CGGCAGUGUGCGCGCGCGGCGUCACGCUCCGCGAAACUUUUCAGGCGCUCUCCGAAAAGCCACGAUGUCGUGAUUCGCUCGCUCGUCUCGCCAGGUCUCCUCGCUGCUCAGCGCGUUCGUACGCAGAAGCAGCAGAUAGAAGCCAAGCUGGCCGCAUGACUGUUGAGGCGGCGCGCGAGUGCGUGGUGGUCGCACAGCGCUGGCGCGAUAGAACAACAAGGAAAAGAGAUGAGCGGACUCACCCUGCCAGCAGCCUUUCUCGGCUGGACCCUCAUACCGCUGCUCGGCAUUGGUUUCACCAUGAUGCGCUACAACAGCAUCGACCCCGAGACUCAUCCAAUCGAUCAGCGACAGCUACUAUCGACGUACGACUUCAUCGUGGUGGGCGGUGGUUCAGCCGGUGCAGUAGUGGCCAAUCGUCUGAGCGAGAUACCCGACUGGAAAGUGCUGCUAAUCGAGGCCGGAGGCGAUGAAAACGAGGUAUCCGACGUGCCGGCAUUAGUCGGCUAUUUGCAAUUGUCCGAGAUGGAUUGGAUGUAUCAGACGGCGCCGCCGACAAAUUCACCUUACUGCUUGGCAAUGGUCGGCGACCGUUGCAACUGGCCGCGCGGCAAAGUUCUCGGCGGUUCGAGCGUUCUAAACGCCAUGGUCUACGUGCGUGGCAACAGGCUGGACUAUGACCUCUGGGAACGUCUAGGCAAUCCAGGCUGGUCGUACGACGACGUGCUGCCCUACUUCAUCAAAUCGGAGGACAACCGCAAUCCAUAUCUGGCUCGAACCGCUUACCACGGGACAGGUGGCUACCUGACAGUGCAAGAGACACCCUGGCGAACGCCAUUGUCGAUCGCAUUCCUGCAGGCUGGCGCAGAGUUAGGCUACGACAAUCGGGACAUCAACGGCGCCAAUCAAACGGGAUUCAUGCUCACGCAAGCUACCAUUCGGCGUGGAAGCAGAUGCUCGACUGCUAAAGCCUUUCUGCGACCGAUACGCAACCGAGCGAACUUGCACAUCGCCAUGAAAGCUCAAGCGCUCAAAGUGACUUUCAACAAGGACAAGCGUGCCACGGGAGUGGAAUUCACGAGGGGCGGUCGCGUACAACACGCGAGAGUCAGAAGAGAAGUGGUAUUAUCGGCAGGUGCCAUAGGUUCACCUCAGUUGCUCAUGGUCUCGGGUGUCGGGCCGAAAGAACACCUCGAGGAGAUGGGCAUUCCGGUGCUCGCCGAUCUACGAGUCGGCGACCACUUGCAAGAUCACGUUGGUCUGGGCGGCUUGACGUUUCUGGUGAACGAGCCCAUCACGUUCAAAAAGGAUCGCUUUCAGUCGCCGUCCGUCGCGCUCGAGUAUAUUCUCAACGAGCGCGGUCCUAUGACCAAUCAAGGUGUCGAGGGUUUGGCCUUCGUCAACACGAGGUACGCCGAUCCCUCGAUCGACUGGCCGGACAUGCAAUUCCAUUUUGCUCCGAGCUCCAUCAGCUCCGACGCCGGCGACAAUAUCCGCAAAAUAACGGGCUUGAGAGACAGCGUGUACAACACGAUGUACAAGCCCAUACAGAAUGCCGAGGCGUGGUCGAUACUGCCACUGCUGCUCAGGCCCAAAAGUUCCGGAUGGAUAAGGCUGAAGAGCAAGAAUCCCAUGAUCUAUCCGGAAAUCGUGCCCAACUACUUCACUCACAAGGAGGACAUCGACAUACUUGUCGACGGCAUACGCAUCGCCAUGCAAGUAUCCAACUCGUCGGCAUUCCAGAGGUUCGGCUCGAGGCCGUUAACCAUCAAAAUGCCCGGCUGCCAAAAGUAUCCUUUUGACACUUACGAUUACUGGGAGUGCGCUAUCAGACAUUUUACUUUUACUAUUUAUCAUCCAACCGGCACAGCCAAAAUGGGACCAAACAGUGAUCCUACCGCUGUGGUUGACUCCAGACUCAGGGUUUAUGGUGUCAAGGGUCUCAGAGUGGUAGAUGCAUCCAUCAUGCCGGAGAUCGUCAGUGGCAAUCCAAAUGCGCCGGUCAUUAUGAUCGGCGAGAAAGCUAGCGAUAUGAUUAAAGAAGAUUGGAAGAUGCUUCGGAGAGAAACAAGGAGGCAUGCUGGUAGGUAGCGUAUAAAAUUGUGUCGCGAGUAUGAGACUGACGUAUGAUGUGCUUACAGACUAUUUAUUAUUUUUUUUAUCACUUGUUACGAUGAUAUCAUGCAAUUGUUUGGCGCGAUGAGCUUUGUUAUUAUGUUGACUUUACGACUUGUUAUGAUACGAUGCUGAGAUUGUUAUUUAUUUUUCGUUAAAAUAACAAAUAGUCAUAUUGUAAUUUUUAUAUAUCUCUAAUUUUAUUAAUGUUUGGUGGAGUUUACUUAAAAUCAUUGUAAUAUACACUAAUGAUAUGUGUAUAGGGAGAUAUUUUGUAUUUUUUUGCGAGACGACAAAUUUUUUCAUCAAUAUUGUAUUAGAUUUGCAUAAAUUUUGUAUUCACUUUACUAAGAAAAUGCUCGAGUUUUCUCCCAAUAAAUUGCCAAGGAUAAUAAAUUUUUACCAAAAUCUUUUGUACUUGUAACUUCAAAUGAAUUUCAAAUCGACGAAAGAUACCAUAUGAAUACGUUUCGACAUACAUCGAAGUACAUCAUACAUCGAUGCAUCGACAUACAUCAUCGAAAGUAAAUCGGCCCAUGCCUGAAGUAACGAGAAACGUUAGGAAUCGACAGUGUCAUUCCAACAAAGCCAAAUUUCGCAUGUAAACAAUUUUUAUUAUUGAAUGUAAUAUUUUGAGCUUACAAGCGAGCCUUUGUUUGAGAGAAAGUCUGUUUAACUCGAAAUUUUGCAAAGCUGA